AUGGUGUACUUCCAUGACUCAAUCGAUAAUGUUAUCCAUGAUGUAAUCUUUCUUGCGGUCAGCUUUCAUCAGUAUAACAUCGAUAGUGUAAUCCAUGACGCAAUCCAAGACCACCAGCCGCGACGAUUAUACAUUGUAGUACUCCCAGAGAAACUCCGAAGAGAUCUCCGAAGAGAACUGAGAACUGAUCUCAGAAGAGAACCCACUUUGUUACAGUAUUUUCAAAGACAAGGAUAUCAAGUUACCUUAAUUUGGGAGCACGAGUUCAAAAACGAAUUGAACACAGAUGAUGAACUAAGGCAAUACUAUCCAUUGCGUCAGAGAUAUUAUGCAAAAAUGAAUAAAAUCGGUCAUGUAGAUAUCCGUGAAAGUUUUUAUGGUGGGCGAACAAAUAAUUUAUUUUUCAAUGAUGACUGCAAAGAAAAUGAAAUAAUAAAAUAUAAAGAUGUCUGCAGUCUUUACCCUACUGUACUCUCCAAAUGUGAAUACCCUAUAGGGCACCCAAUAGUAUUAAGUGAAUUUUCGUCACAUAACAUUAAUGGAUAUUUUGGGUUUAUAAAGUGCAAAGUCCUACCGCCAAAAGCUUUAUAUAUCCCUGUCUUACCAAUGCGAUUAAAAAACAAUAAAUUGGUUUUUGCAUUAUGUGGUUUAUGUGCUUCUGAUAAGAUAGAUCAUUGCUCUCAUUCAGACAGAGAGAGAUGCCUUAUUGGCUCUUGGUACUCUGAAGAGUUGAAAUUGGCUAUAACUAAAGGGUAUAAAAUUGAAAAAAUAUAUGAAGUACUACAUUAUGAGCAAAGAACAGAUGAUAUAUUCAAAGAAUAUAUCAAUAAGUGGCUUAAAAUCAAAACCGAAGCUUCUGGAUGGCCAUCAACAUGUAUAACAAAUGAAGAUAAACAAAAUUAUAUAACAGAAUACAGAGUCCGCGAAAACGUUGAACUUGAAUUUGACAAAAUGGAGAAAAACCCUGGCUUGCGUUUUAUUGCAAAGCUUAUGCUUAACAGUCUUUGGGGUAAAUUAGCUCAACGACCCAAUCAAAUGAAAACUAAAAUAUGUAUCCAAUAUGAUGAUUAUAGAAGAAUCAUCACUGAUGCAAAAUAUGUUAUUAAAGGUGAAAUAAUGCCUAAUGAGAAAAAUAUUAUUGUUAAUUAUAAAUGCAUUGAUGAUAGUUAUUGUAAUGCCGGUAACACAUCAAUCGCAUUGGGAUCAAUGGUGACGGCAAAUGCGAGGAUUCAUUUAUAUAAAGAACUGGAUAAAAUUGAAAAUUCUUCAGCUGGACGUGUCAAAUAUUUUGACACUGAUUCAGUAAUAUACAAACACGAUGUCACUAAAAACUGGUACGAUCCGAUAACAGGUGAUUUUUUAGGUGAUAUGUCUGACGAAAUUGAAAAGGAUUACGGUGCCAAUGCAUAUAUUGACUCAUUUGCUUCCUGUGGACCAAAAAAUUAUGGCUAUCGCGUUAGACUAGCAAAUGGAACGGCUAUAAAUAAAUGCAAAGUAAAAGGAAUAGCUAUAACAAAUGAACUUAAGGCUGAAAUUAACUUUGAUUUGAUAGCCAAAACAGCUGAAAAUUAUUUUAUUAAUCAAAUAUUUACAACAACAGCUAAACAGUUAUGUUUUAGAACAGAUAAAGUUCAUAACGUUUAUACCGAAAAGAUUAAUAAGUUAUAUAGAGCUGUAUCUGAGAAAAGAGUUAUUGUCACAUAUCAUCCAUAUUACCAAACUAUUCCAUUUGGAUAUAUUGAUGAAUUCACUGAAUAA